AUGUCUGCCGUCGGUUCACCCCCUCCGUCCGAUGCUGGCUAUAAGCGAAAGAGGUCUCCCUCUCCCGGUGACGGACCUCCAACUUCCCGCCGGCGCUCGUACUCCCCACCCUCCCGCGCCAUCGACGUCCGCGUGGAAGACGUAGACCCGGUCCGGCGAGCCGAGCGCGAGCGCCAACUCGCCGCGCGACUGGCGGCCAUUGAACUGGAAAAGGCGGACAAGGGCAAGGAGAAGGAGAAAGAGUCUGGCGAGGUCAAAGAAUUCGACGCCAUAGCCGAGUUCGCGAAAUUGUCCUCCGCGGGCCGGUCGGGCGGAGUGUACAUGCCUCCCGCGCGCUUGCGGGCGUUGCGCGAGGCGGCGAGCGCGGACCGGUCGAGCGCGGAGUACCAGCGCUUGUCGUGGGACGCUCUGCGCAAGUCGAUCACCGGUAUCGUCAACAGGGUCAAUGUCGCCAAUAUCAAACAUAUCGUCCCGGAAUUGUUUGCGGAGAACCUCAUUCGUGGGAGGGGCUUGUUUGCGAGGAGCGUGAUGAAGGCUCAGGCAUCGUCCUUGCCUUUUACGCCUGUCUUUGCGGCACUGGUGGCCAUCAUCAAUACGAAGUUGCCGCAAGUUGGAGAACUCGUUCUUACGAGGCUGGUCAGCCAGUUUAGGAGAGCGUUCAAGCGUAAUGACAAGACUGUCUGCCAUUCGACCACGACUUUCAUUGCUCACCUGGUCAACCAGUCAGUGGCUCAUGAAGUUCUCGCCCUUCAAAUCCUGGUCCUUCUACUCGAACGCCCAACGGACGACUCCAUUGAAAUCGCCGUCGGUUUCGCCCGUGAAGUCGGCCAGUACCUCACCGAGAACUCGCCAAAGGCCAACCAGUCCAUCUUCGAGCGCUUCCGUGCCGUCUUGAACGAAGGCACCAUCAGCCACCGUGUUCAGUACAUGAUCGAAGUCCUCAUGCAAGUCCGCAAGGACAAGUAUAAGGACCAUCCCAUCAUUCCAGAGGGGCUGGACUUGGUCGAGGAGGACGACCAAAUCACGCAUGAGAUUACGCUGGAGGAGGAGCUGAAGGUCGAAGAGGGCUUGAACAUCUUCAAGUUCGACACGAACUAUCUGGAGAACGAGGACAAGUACAAGCAAAUCAAGACAGAAAUUCUUGGCGACUCCGACUCUGACGAAGAGUCUGGUUCUGGCUCGGAUGAGGACAGCGACGAGGAUGAAGAAGUCGCGCCUGAAAAGGAAGGCAUCGAGGACCGCACGGAGACGAACUUGGUCAACCUUCGUCGUACGAUUUACCUGACUAUCAUGAACGCUCUCAACUACGAGGAAGCCGUACACAAGCUACUCAAGGUUCAGAUCAAGGAGGGCGAAGAGAUUGAACUUGUGAACAUGCUGAUCGAGUGCUGUUCCCAAGAGCGCUCCUACUCGACUUUCUACGGUCUCAUCUCCGAGCGCUUCUGCAAGAUCAACCGCGUCUGGAACGAAUGCUUCGAGGAGGCUUUCGGCAACUACUACAACACGAUCCAUCGCUACGAGACGAACCGCCUGCGCAAUAUCGCACGUCUCUUCGGACAUCUCCUCGCGAACGACGCUAUCUCCUGGGCCGUGCUCCAGACCAUCCAGAUCACCGAAGAAGCCACGACGUCUUCGAGUCGUAUCUUUGUCAAGAUCAUGUUCACGGAAGUCAUGGAGGCCAUGGGGCUGCCGACUGUUAAGGAACGCUUCUCGGACCCGGAGGUCAGGAUGUUGACGAGGGGGAUGUUCCCGCUGGAUAAUCCCAAGGACACCCGCUUUUCGAUCAACUACUUCACGAGUAUCGGGCUCGGUGCUGUCACAGAAGAGAUGCGCGAGCACCUACAGAACGCGCCGCGUCUGAUCAUGGAGCAGCGUAGACAGAUGCUCGAGGCGGAGUCCUCGUCGUCUGACAGCGACAGCAGCGACUCAGACUCGGAUACUUCGUCGGACUCUUCGUCAGAUUCGGACUCGUCUGAUGAUGACAGGCGCUCGCGCACCCCGCCGCGCCGUCGCGAUAGUCCCCCGCCUAGGCGCAGGGAUGACAGUCCACCCGCUAGGCGUCGCGACGAUAGUCCACCUGUCAGACGCCGUGACGACAGUCCGCCACCUAGACGCCCAAGGGACUCGCCGCCUCCCCGUGCUCGCGAUGUGUCGCCCCCGCGCAGGCGCAUGUCGAUCUCGCCGCCACCCAGGCGCCGCGAUUCGCCUCCUCAUGCGCGUCGCCGGGACGACUCACCGCCUCCGCGCUCGAACUUGCCUCGUCGUCGCGAUGAUUCGCCACCACCUCGUAGGCGCUUCGAGUCGCCUCCGCGCCGCCGUGACGAUUCCCCACCGCGUAGGCCGUCACCGCCGCGCCGGCCUUCGCCCCCGCGCCGGCCCUCACCUCCGCGUCGCGGGCGCUCUGAGAGUCGCUCGCUUUCGCCGCCGACGAAGCGCGGUUACGGCGAUCGCGAUGUCCGGAUGCGCGACGAGCGCGAUAAGUACAGUCGUCGCGACUCGCCGCCGAGGCGUAGGAGGGGCUCGGACUCGAUGUCUCGCUCGCCGCCUCCGCCGCCUAGGGAGAGGGAGAGGGGAUAUGGAAGGGAGAGGUCGCCGCCGCCGCCACCGAGGGCGAAGGAUGAUUUUGGAAGAGAGAGGGAUAGGGGGUAUGCGGGGAGGGAGAGGGAUAAUGGGUAUGGGAGGAGGGGCGGGGAUGGGUAUGAACGGCGUCGGUGA